CACAGGUUUUCCUUUCUUGUACCAUCCAGGGAAGCUGUCACGUGUUACAUUAGCGCCUUCCCAAUUUCCAUCACCAAAUUCGCGUCUGUUAGCAUUCGCGACAAGAUCGAUCGAGGCUUACCUUUCGAUUUACCAGUUACUUUCUUGUCAAAUUUUCUUCCACUUUACGGCAACCUCAAGCUUUUCUUUUUGCGAUUUUAAUCAUUACAUUCACGAUGCAGGUAAUGCAAGAUCCCUCUCAAGGGAUUCAUCGCGACUUGGUACGUUUUACAGCUUCUUCCAGCUUCAAUUAUCAAACAAUAUUCUAAUUUGAUCGUGCAGUUACAUCACGUUCAUCUUCUCUCUACUUAUCGAUUUCCAAAUACACCCUCACAAUUACAUCCGGAAAGAGUAGCAGAAUGGCUUUUAAAUGCACCAAAAAUUACUCGCGAUCAGGCUCCUGUUUAUUGGACUUACCUUGAUCGACCUGUUGAUGGUACCGUCUUAUUAUCAUGGCAAACACCUACAUUGGGUCAUGAAUUUCCAAGUGAUGGUUAUAUUUGGGCCCCUGGAGAGACGGCUUUCUCUAUGGAAGUCAUGGGAUGCGUGAGUUUAGCAUCAAUAUGAUUUAUAAAGACUUCUACUGACUCUACUUAUUUUCGCAGACUCUAGAAAUUUAUCAAUGCAAAAUUGGUUAUGCUACUGGUGAAUCUAUUGCAUCUCACAGUCGUCGCCGAUAUCGAAUUUUACCACCUCGAAUUCCAAAUCAAAACCCUUUACCUGAUCCAAACCUCUGGAUUAUUCAUUACAUUCAAGCUCCUCCCGAAGACCGUCUUCCCUCUCACAUCAUCCCAAUCAAUCAACAAAUUCAAACCAUUAUGAGCACAAGACAAUAUUUGCAUCAACAAGGUCAACUUAUUCACAAGGAAUUUUUACUUCAUGAUAGAGCAAAUUGGGCAAAAAUUGAUUUUCCUCGUGGUCAUCCAAGAGGCGCACCAAUGUAUGCAGCGAGCAUUCCACCAAGAGUUCCUCAAUCAAUGGCAUAUCCAGCUCAUCCUCAACCUGGCCCACCCCCAAAACGUGCUCGAACAGCUGUUGCUCAAGCCGCAGCCGCAAAUAAUACCACUGUUGUUGUUGUUGAAGAAGAUGAGGAAGAAAAUUCUCGAGGAGAUUGGUUCGACCUUACAACACCUCGCGAAAUCAGUUACAGCAGAUUUCUUACAAAUUACGAUUGGAUGGAGGAAGUUCUAUCUUCACCUUAUGCCAUUCAUCAAAUCGUUCCCACAGACCUUGGACUUGGUGUUCGUGGUGAAUUAAGCAGUCUCACUGAAGGUAUAUUUAAUGCUCCUCUGAAAGAAAACGAAGAACCAACACCAGCACUCAACUAUGUUGGCCGUCUUGAUCCAGGCAAGGCAGACGAAUUUCGCAAAAGAGCUCACGAUACUAUUGCACAAACUAAUAAGGAUAUCGAAAAGAUAAAAGCUAAACAUGCAAAACGUCUUGCGAAAUUUCAAAGAGGAUCUCUUAUUUCUCAAGCCGAGAAAGAAUUACGUACAGCUGUUGAUGAUCCUUCAGAUGUUGGUCCUGAAUAUUGGAGACUUGAAGGAAAAAUCGAUGAAGAAGAAAAUGAAGAAGCCGAAACUCCUAUUAAAGUUCCUUCCAAGGUUGAUGAUGUUCUCGCAAAGGUUGAAGCUUCUCUUGGUCGUCAUGCAGUUGCAAUUAGUGAACUACGUCGUAUUCAAGAUGGCGGAUAUGAAGAAGUUGCUGCACAAGCAAGUCCUCAACCUUCUCGACCUUCUCGAAAUGGUUCUCAGCAAAGUGGUGUUCUUAUCAAUGAGUCAGAUGUUGCUGAUGUUGAUAUGACCAAUUCUACUGCUGGUUUACUCGAUCAAUUUCACAAUAGCAAUCCAUCUUCCUCUCACGCCACACCAAUGAGUGCGAAUUAUCCAACUCCUGGUCAUUUACAACAUCCAUCUGCAGCAACCACACCAGCAGGAGCUCUACAUAUGGCAUCUCCACAUCUUUCUCAAACUAUGGGAACACCGCAAGCUGCUCAACAUCAAUCUUCACCGCAACAAGAACAACAAGAUGUACAUAUGCAAGAUUUGAUUUCCACAGCAGAAACCCAUCAAUCUAUGACUGCAACUACCCAACCUACUGGUGAUACUUCAGAUUGGGUUGUUAUACCACCAGGAGGUGUCUCACCUACAGCAGAUCCUUCAAAUCCAAACACAGACAAUAAUACACCAAAUCCUCAAUCUCAUGAUCAACAAUCAGCACUACCAGAUUAUCUUAAGACUUCUUCCAAUAACAAUACACCAGAACAAACCACAAAUUCUACCUCUUUACCUGAACCACAAGUUGAACAUUCACAAGAACAUGAAGAACAAGAACAAGAACAAGAACAUCAUACUGAACUUAAUGAAAAUGAUUUCGAUCUUGAAGAUUUAGAUACAGCUGGUGACGCUUUAGCUUCAUAUGAUGCUGGUGAUAAUAUGGAAGAUGAUGGUCAUGGUUUGGGUGAUUUGGUCGAUGAUAGUGCUUUUGGUGAAGCCUUUCAUGGGAUUGAUCAUGAUCAUGGUGAUACAGAUGGAGAUAAUCAAGGAAUGUAAUAGAAGGAAAGUUUAUGAUGGAUUAUGAUAUCGGCACCGAAUUUAUGGAUGAUGGAGUGUUUUUCUGGGGAACACUUUAACGAUGAUGGGCUUCGCUGGAACAUAACUAACAAGUAACUGGGCUUCGCUGGAACAUAAUUAACUAACUUUGGUUUCUACCAACUUUUUAUUUCUUUAAUUGAAAACACUCCUACUUUGUGAGUGGGGAACUUCCUCCUUGGUUUAUCCUUGGGGCAUGUAAGAACCUUGAUAUUGAUGGUAAUGAUAGUUUUGGGAUUUUGAGAUGGGAUUAGUCUAUGGUCUGGUGAUCUGGGUAUCGGAGGAUAUGUUCUAGGGGUAUUAGGAGCUCUUCAUUGAUAUAGAUUGGGUCGAAUCUAGCUGAAGUGGUCUUUUACUGAUGUUUGAUGGAUGUGGUGGUUUAUUGGUUGGCGGUUGGAUGGUUCUAAAAAUCAUAAUGGUUCUUUGUGGUAUGGAUCGGACUGAGGGGCGGAAUUUACUGAUGGAUGGAUGGGUUGAUUCCUAUUGAGCAAAGACUCAUGUGUGGAUUGUUAGAUUAGAUUAUUUGCUUUUUUCUCAUGUCAUGCUUAUAUGCUUCUACUAUAAGUUGUAUGAAUAGAAACUAUUACAAAAUCUUACCUUUUCAUG